AUGUCCUCCAUUCAGCAAGUCUAUCUCCCCACAGAAGUCUUGGCGCAGAUCGUCUCCGAAGUCGCUACAGAGCCAAAUGAUAUCAUGCGUCAAAAAUUGAUGCAUACAUGCUGCUUGAUCAAUCACCAGUGGUACUCUGUGGCCGUCGCGUUCCUCUAUGAGAAUCCCUUUAUGGGCAUCGGGGCGUCUUUUUACAAAUUCACAGACACCGUCUCUCCACCUAUUGGGGCACGAAGGAAUAAAUACAAUCUGGGAGGUUUUGUCCGUCGACUGGACCUGAGCCCGCUUGUCCACCACAGCUCGAACAGCCUGACAGCAAGACUUCUGGGUCGCGUCAAGGAGAAUCUCGAAGUUUUUAUUGCCCCCAGAGUAUCUUUUGCUCUCAACAGCCUCUCUUCGUUAGCGAAAUGCGUCAACCUCCGCCACCUUGACCUCUCUCUGGUCGGCGACCCAAUUCCCUUCCCCAACCUCAAAAAGACAUUGAGUCACCUCACCAAACUCACCACUCUCCGACUUCCCCAAUCUACCUCCAUCGUCAAACCCGAAAGCCUCGAUAGUUCCGCAGACUGGCCUCCUCUCCUCGAGCGACUCCAGCUAGGCGGCCGCUUCUCGCCAACCGUGAUCUCCUACUUUCGCCCACCACCUCGCCUCACCAGCUUAACCUUGAAGACCUGCGCCGAUCUCUCUCUGGAAAACCUAGGUGGUCUACUCGGAAAUCCCUGGAUUGGCCAGAAUCUGAAACGUCUGACGAUAUCCGGUUCCAAUCGUGGUCUCCAGCCGGAAUGCAUUUGCGCAAUCCCAUCCUAUCUCCCCGAAUUGGUAUUCCUCCAUGUCCCCGGCGAUCUAGUCGAGAAUACCUUUUUCGAUAUACUUCAUCUAGCUGGUCCGCCAGCCCUCGAAGUGCUUGAAUUCGGGUAUCCCUACGCCGACAAUACUCUGAAAUUUGACACAGCCGAUUUGGUCCACGCUUUGGAGAAAGACUUAACAAAUGUUUGCUCGGUGGGAUUCUCCGAAAUAUUUUGCACGGAGCUUCGUAUCCUCGAAGAUGAAAUGAUUGACGAUGUCUUGCUCAAUCGGUCCAGGAAACAGCCUAUUCCGCGGGGCGUCGAGGAGGAUCACGAAAAUGACGAGUUAGAUGACACAGAGGUGGGGGUGUACUACAUGUGA